UCACGUGACGGCAGCGUUUCCCUGUGAACUGACGAAGUCAUAUGGAGACAGAAAUAAGAAUCGAAACUGACACCGACACCGUCGGUGCUCGGCAAGACCAGAAAACAUAGCAGGUUUGCGAUUCAAAAUGCAGCCAUCCUCCUGUGACACCUUUGUGGCUCUGCCCCCCUCCACCGAGGGACAACGCAUCGUCUUCGGGAAAAACUCUGACAGGCCCUGUGAUGAAGUCCAGGAGGUGGUGUAUUUUCCUGCCAGAGACUACGGUGCAGAGGAGAAGGUUGAGUGUACCUACAUAGAGAUUGAGCAGGUUGCCCAUACUCAUGCAGUUGUGUUGAGCAGACCAGCGUGGCUGUGGGGGGCAGAGAUGGGCGCAAAUGAGCAUCAAGUGUGUAUUGGGAAUGAGGCAGUGUGGGGCAGAGAAAGUGCUGAUGGUGACGAGGCUCUCCUUGGCAUGGAUCUUGUCAGGCUUGGACUUGAGAGAGCUGACACAGCUGAGAAAGCGCUGGAUGUUAUUACUGAGCUGCUGGAGAAAUAUGGUCAGGGAGGAUCUUGUAUGGAGGAUGAGUGUAGCUUCACCUACCACAACAGCUUCCUCAUCUCAGACAGGAAGGAGGCAUGGCUGCUGGAAACUUCAGGAAAGUACUGGGCUGCGGAAAGAGUUCAAGGUGGAUAUCGCAACAUUUCAAACCAGUAUGGCAUAACAACUAAGAUAGACAAGGAACAUCCAGAAAUGAGGGAAUAUGCAAGAAGCAAGGGUUGGUGGGAUGGAGAGUCUCAGUUCAACUUUGCUACAGUUUACUCCUUUACGACUACAGCCAGAAUUGAAGCCUCAUGGAGCCGACUCUCUGAGGGGAAGAAGUUGUUGGAAAAGAGCAACGGCCACAUCACAGCCCAGACAAUGAUGGAUAUCCUGAGGGAUAAAGAUAGUGGCAUCAACAUGGAGGGCAUGUUCAUGACUACAGGAAGUAUGGUGUCUGUGAUUCCCACGAACCCUGCUCUGCCAGGGGUUCACUAUUUUACAGCGACUCCAGGCCCUGAAAGGUCUGUAUUCAAGCCGUUCAUCUUUGUGAAACACACCAAACAGUUGAAAGAGACGACUUCUCCCAGUUACGGUCCAGAUGACCCUGUAAAGAAGAAACCCCGCUUCCAGAGCAAGCCUGACCGCAAACAUGAGUUGUUUGUCAAGCAUGAAGUGGUGACUGCCAUCAUUGACACUUACAAGGACAGAGGAAAAAAGAUCACAGACAAUAUGAGGCAGCUAGAGAAGGAGAUGAUGAAAAAGAUGGAGGUGCUUCUUUCAUAUGGUGUUUUGGAGCCUGAUUGUUUGGCAAAUCUGUUCACAAGCUCGGUCCAGGAGGAGAUGGCUACGUACAGCAAAAGCUAAGAGGCCCACAGACUUGUUUUGUUGGAACCACAAACGGGUCUCUAGGGUGAAACUAGUAGUACAUGUCUCUGCAGUUUGUUCACCUUUUUAGUGGGGUACAAAUACAAACAUGCUUGAAUAGUAAAUCAGAGCAUAACAUUAAUAAAACCAUUGUAUAAAAAAUAAAGCAGGAUACUCAGGCAGUAAAAUGUUGUAAAGGAUGGAUUAAAUAGUAACCAUUGACCAGAAAUACAGGACAGAACAUAUUAAUUAUCUGAUACAGGAUUUUAGGGUUCAGUUGAGAAAUUUAUUUUAAAAUAAAUCAAGAUCAUAAAUAAGCAGCUUUUGACAGACACUGUUUGCUAC